UCUAUGAUCAAGAUAUUGGAAGGUAAGUUAUCUUCAGCCCAGAAAGAUGUGAUUUCGAUUCAAAGUGACUCAUCGAAAAAAGAAACUGAGAUUGCGUCCCUCAAAUCCAAAAUAGCUGAAUUAGAAAAUAUAAAGAGCGAAUUGGAAGAGGCGAAGCCUCGAGACUAUGUCUCAUCGAAGGCCAAUGAGCUUGA